AUGAAAGAUUGGUGUCGAGUCAGGCAGGCAAGAUCAAACAUUGAAAGUGUGCUGGGUCCUUGUAAAAAACAAGUAAAAUGGACUUUCGUGCAAAGUGGUAUACGAACAAACGCAUCUACGAGUUUUGUCUCCCAUUGGCACUUGAAGCCGGCCGGACAAUUUAGCCGAUUUUUUAUUCAAGCUGUUUCAAGUGAGAGGAGUUUGAAAACGACCGGGGGAGACUGGUGGCGAAUUUUAAUUCACAGUCCAGUUGCAAGUUUGCGACCAACAGUAUUCGAUCUUGGGAAUGGCUCGUAUGAGGUCGUGUUUUUGAUCGUGGAGCCUGGGAUCUAUCAUGUGGACAUCACGCUUGAUUACACGCUCUGCGACGGUUUUCGAGAUCCUCCCAAGGAUUGGUUCAUAAUUGGUAAGCUGUGGUUUCGAGUCGAAUUAUUUGCUGAAGAAUUCAUUCCUGAGUGUUUACACAUGUAAAAACGCACAAGUUGUAACAAACCUGCAGCAGGCUUGUAGCAAUGCUGUCCCAACAAUUUGUCAACAGGAUGUGUUCGCACUGCUUGUUCCCAGCUUGUUGACAAGUUGUCAACGGCUUGCUGACAACUUGCUACGAGGUUAUUGAGUUCAACAGACUUGUUACAAGUUGCUCCAACAACUUGUUAUCUUAUUUUUGAACUGUAUUGACUCUUUUUCUUUUUACGUGCAGGAAACGCGCAAGGUAAAAUGCAGCCAAGAGGAACGUUACGAGGUCGUGCGAAACACGACUACCUACUUCAACCGUUACAAAGGGGAAAGAAAAUUACAAUGAACAUACGACUACCAAAUGGUCAAGGUAAAAAAAUUCAUGCCUUUAAUAAUAAUUCAUAAUUAUUGGAUGAGGUUGAGCGUGAUAUCGAGAAUUAUCAAGACCGAUUUUACAAGACAAGCGCUUGUACACACUAACACAUGUAAAAAUCGCCUCACAACUUGUCAACAGGAUGUGUUCGCAACAGGCUUGUAGCAAGUUUGUCAACAAGUUGUAACAAUGCUGUUAUAAAAAUUACGGGAACCACUGAGUAUUUUAAUAAAAUAUAAAACAACGGUAAAUCCGAAACUAAACAUUUUAAUAUUCUAGCUUUCGACUAAGAUUGAAUAUUAAAAUGUUUAUUUUUCGGAGUUACCGGCCGUUGUUUUAUAUUUUAAUGUUGUUAUAUUUUAUCAAGUUGCUACAAGGUUGUCACUCACAACUUGUUGGCAAAUUGUUGUAUUGCCGGACGAUAACAAGUUGUUCGAACAACUUGUAACAAGUCUGUUGAGCUCAAGAACACAUCCUGUCGACAAGUCCUCGGAAUAGCAUUGCUACAAGUCUGCUGCAGGUUUGUUACAACUUGUACGCUUAAAGUUUUUAAGCUCGCUUACACAAACGCGAUGAUGCAAAAUGCCACCAAUUUUAUUAAUUAGGGAGUUUAAUCUUCACGUUUCAAGGAACGGCAAAUGGCAGGUCCGAACGUUCUUGGCAAAAUUUUCGUUGAACGUUUUCGUUUCAUAUUUUCUUUCUUGUGUCGAAAGAAUAAUCAUGCGUUGCAGUUUUAAAAGUUUAAAACAGCAAGUUCAUUUACUCUCACGGUUGUCUGCAUGAUACCGUAAGAUUUUUCUUUGCCUGGCGUUUGCCGUUUGACGUAUAACGUGAAGCUUAAAGACCAUGUAAAGUCCGCUGUGCAUGCGCAUCAGUUCUGCUCAUGACAAAGGGAGACCCACAGAUAUAAACAUUGCCCAAAUUUUGAUUCUUUCCAACUUUUUUUAAUUGAAACGUACAAUAGUUUAUAUUCAUUUACAAUUGCGAACCAGAAAAGUGUGGGUAGUAGCGACUGAAGUAGUUGUAUAAUUACUAUAACUACAAUUUUCAAGUAGCCAGUACUCAGACCUCAGUAGUUUUUUACUACUUUUUUAAAACAGUAGCUGUAGUUAUAGCGAACUACAUUUUGCCUAAAAGUAGCCGAGUAGUUGAGUACUUUUCAAACAGGGAAUCGCUAUUCGCUACUUUUUAAAAUUGUUAGCAACUUGAUAGAAUAGAAUGAUAUUGAGACACGGUUUGCUUAAAAUCAAUACUCAAUAGUCAAUUUGCACUCUUGAACACUGUAGUGCUUACAAAAAUGUUGCUUUGUGUUUACUGUUGCUACUCGUAAGUCGAUUUGUUAUAGGUUACAUUUCAGCCUGAGUUAGUAGAUGCUCCAAAUACAGUAAAACUAAACAAUAUAGCGUAGCGAAAUAGCGAAAUAGCGAAAUAGUCGCUACAUUUUUAAAGCAGUAGCUGUAGUCAGUAGCGAACUACCUUUGUUCAAAAGUAGCAGUAGUUGUAGCUGACUGCAUAUUUUUGAAGUAGCUGUAGUUAUAGCGAACUACAAAAAUUUUGUAGUCAACCCACCCUUGUUAAUUAAACUCACUAAUAUUUGUUCUGGAACGACUACAAUAGUUUAAUUAAACAGGUUGUUUUCACUGCCCUGUGUCAAACUGCAUGAACAAAGCGUUUUGCAAGCCACCUGCUGUAAAAAACCCGUUUCGCCAACGAGAUUUUGACAGAUAAAGACGAGAUGUUGAUAGUACGUUCAUUGUUUGAAAGUUGAUUGUUUAAUCUCCUGCUGCGAUGCAUUCGCCAUAUGCCUAAGCUUCGCGUGGGCUGCGCGGGUUAUAUGAAUCGAAUUUCUUUUCGCGAUCGAAGGCACACUCGCGUAAAAGCGCACAAGUUGUAACAAACCUGCAGCAGACUUGUAGCAAUGCUGUUCCGACAACUUGUCAACAGGAUGUAUUCGCACUGCUUGUUCCCAGCUUGUUGACAAGUUGUCGACGGCUCGUUGACAAUUCGCUAUAAGAAGUUGUUCCAACAACUUGUUAUCGUCCUGCAAUUCAACACUUUGUCAACAAGUUGUGAGUUAGUGACAACCUUGUAGCAACUUUGUCAAAUAACAGCAUUGUUACAACUUGCAAGUGUUACAACAAUUACAUUGCUAAUCCCGAUAUUGACAAAUUAUUUACGUGUCAUCAAAACUGAUCAUGCUGCCGUUACUAUAAAGCAUUAACGGCCACAUUAGCCUACGUGGCAGACAGUCAGCCCGCUUUGGAACGCCUACGGGUUUACGGGCGGAACAAAGUUUGCCCUACUUUGAUGGAAAUUGCCCGCCGACAUCACUAUGGGUUUAUUAUCUUUCCUGGACAUUAUCAUCCCAUUUUCCAGCCAUUUUUAGACUGAGCAGGUGUUUUAUCCAUGCGUUGAUUUUUAAAACGCUAUUCUGCUUUCAAUAAUUAGACAAUAUAGCUCUCUUUAGAAAUAACUUGUGAAAGGUUUAAAGCCUAUACUUCAUUUUCUUUCACACAUAUUAGACAUACUAAAUAGAUUUGCACUGAUUCGCAAUAGCAGAAAAUGACUUCGAGUCGGAAAACGGCAGAAUAUGGACAUAUUCCAGGACAUUUUUAGACACAUUCUCAAUCAAAAAAAGUUGUUCCGUGGCUUUGGCCUUGAAGUUAUUUAAACUCGGAAAUGUCCAACUGCAACUGCCUUUAUAAUGGUAUAUGGAUUUUUCCAUUCCCAUUUUUGUGUCUGUCGUUUCGAGAGAACAAAUUCACCUCGUGGAAAACUGGCUUAAAACCAGCCCACGAAGAGUACCUUUAAAGCUUUACAUGCACGCAUACUGAUUGUCUCGAAUUCCAUCGGUAAUGAAUUUUAUUCAGUCAUACUCAUUGUUCAAAAUGUCUGCCUGUUUUCCGGCAAUAGAAAGAAGUCUAGGCUAUAUGCAUGAAUUCUGGCAACUUUACAAAACAAGCGAUUUUCUGUUUUAUAUUUAUGUUCUUUUGUUCAAGGUUUGUUCCUAUUCAACAGUUUGCCAAGAGACAUUCUAGCGAAGCUGGGCAAGAAGUAUGACUUUAGUUGUGGAAUGAAAUGUAACUUCAUAUGGGACGGGUAUGGAAGAUGGACAGACGAAACAUGGAAACCGUAUUUGAAAG